CAAGCAUGCUCAACACCAAGAGGACCAGACAAACACAGAAGUGGGAUCCUGCGGGCGGCACAGACAAGGCGGUCUUUGAGAGGCAGCCCUAGUCAUAAUGAGCACAGAGAGGGGCGAGCAGGUCAUCAUUGAUACCUACUACACGACAGUCCACACACUUGGCAAGCAAAAUGAGGGCAGGCGGUUGCAAUACAUGCAGAAAGAUGGCAGUUUCCCAGUGGUUUUCCAGAAGGCCCCUGGACACUGGACCCUGUACCUGAUGGACAUCUUCACCACUCUUGUGGAGAUCCGCUGGAGGGUGAUGCUCCUCUUCUUUUCACUGUCUUACAUUAUAUCUUGGCUCUUUUUCGGUCUCUGCUAUUGGUUAAUUGCGUAUGUAAACGGUGACGUUGACAACGUAUAUAACGCACCCUGCGUGGACAACGUGCGUGGCUUUACUGGAGCCUUUAUGUUCUCAAUGGAGACCCAGGCAACUAUUGGCUAUGGCUUCAGGGGGAUGACUGAGAACUGUAUGGUGGCCAUUAUUGUGGUGACGGUUCAAGAUGUAUUUAGCUGCCUCCUCGACACCAUCAUCAUUGGUAUUGUUGUUGCGAAAAUGGCAUCUGCUCGUAAGAGAGCUCAGACGGUUGGUUUUAGCAGAUGUGCAGUGGUCAACCUGCGAGACGGGGUUCUGUGUCUGUCAUGGCGACUCGGGGACUUCAGGGGUAAUCACAUCCUGGAGGGUGUCGUCAAGGCCAUGUUAGUCCGCCAUGUGAAACAGCCAAAGGGGUCUGUUGUGAUGUCAUACCAGGACCUGCACAUCCAGAAUCGAGAUAUUGUCCUCGCCACACCAGCCACCAUUAUCCACAAGCUGGAGCCUGGCAGUCCCCUCUACAGCUUGGGCCCUGACGAAAUGCAGGCGGAAGAUUUUGAGCUGGUGGUGUCUUUCACCUACAAUGGUGACUCUACAGGUAUGCUCCACCAGAGUCGAACCUCUUACACAGCAGCAGACAUCCACUGGGGCCAGUGCUUCCAGGACAUGCUGAAACUGGGCAAGAAGCACUACAAGGUGAACUAUGCUCUUUUCAAUGUGACCACGUGGGUGCAGGUGCCACUGCUCAGUGCAGAGAAGUUGGACAGAAGGGGACGUCCUGUAGAGGGCAGUCAGUCCCGAGGACCUCUCGUAGCAUCAGGCAAGAGAAACGGACACACUAGCAAGAGGAAUCCUGACACCACUGAAGAGGUGAUGCAUCAAACCUGUUUGUAG